UUUUUUUCUUUUUUUUCUUUUUUUAUUCAUAAAUACUAUUUUCAUGACGUUGGAACACAUGCGACAAGAGGCUGAGAAAAAUGGCACAAGGUCUCUUGAUUCUGCCUCAAGUCCUUCUACAGUGGGUACUGCAACCUUUAUGACUAGUAGGUCACCGUCCUCGUCUUCGUUGCAUUCAACCCGGCCAACCUCAGUCACUAGGCUUCGAUACCGUCAGUUAGUCCAGCCUAUCACUCCAACAGAGCCUGAGCUGGUAAACACAGAAGGCGAAGCAAAGAUAGGCGAGCAUGCCUCUGAUGACGCCAAUGUGUCGCCCGUCACCAUGCAAUAUCCACGUGUGCAACUAUCGAGUCUUGAUCUUGCGAAACCACGUAUCUAUACCCGUUUACUGUACUUUUUCGACAUAAACAAGCAGAGUGAUCUUUUACCCUCAGCAUCGUCCUUUGCUUUAGGACGAGAGGAAGGAAUAGCAUCAGGUUUAUCUUCCCCGCCUUCCCCGCAGAUAUUCUCUUCGCCUGUAGGUUCCCAAAAGAAGGGAGACUUCAAAGGUCGCCAUCACUACCAUUAUCAUCAGUCACCUUUCAUGGAUCCCAUGCUACUGCAAGCCUCCUUGGCUUUGGUCCUGAAUGAUUUCUUUCCAUUGGCAGGACGACUCUACAACAACAGCAACGACCAACCAUCCAUCUCGACAUCAUCGGCCGCAUCAGUUAACAACAAUAAAAGCACAAGCAAGGGGCAGUACAUCGAAUGCAAUGACCGCGGUGUCCUUUUUGCAGUAGCCGAUACCACUGUCACUAUGAUGCAGAUCCGUCAAGGAGGUUAUCAGGAUACUGUUUUACCCCCUCAACUCUUCCCCGUGGGAUUGUAUCCUGCUUCACUGCGAGAUCCUCCUCUAUUGGGCAUCCAGCUUACCUACACUUCAGAUCACUCGUUGAUUAUGGGCGUAGCAAUGGAUUCCUCCAUUAUGGAUGCCACCUCAUUAGUUUCAUUCAUGGACGCAUGGUCAAAUAUUACUCAGGGGAAGGAUUUCUCACCGUAUCCUAUUUUGGAUCGCGCGUUUCUGGAAAAGUACGGAGAGGAGCAUACAGGUAGCGGAGGUGUCUAUCGACAUCAGCGAAUCAACAACUCUCCGCCACCACCUAUCUUGUUUGAUAACAAUCUGGGUAACAGCGAUCUUAUUGAUAAAGGUCUGGGGGACUCAGAUUUACACUCAGAAGACGAUGAUGACAAUGCCGAUGAGGAUGAUGAAGAGCAUGAUAGAGAUAUUGAGCAAUAUAACGAUCUGACAGAUGAAAGCAAGGGAGGCAUGCCUAGGGAUCCUGCAGCUCUCGAGCGAGUACAGCAACGGAUGCAAUCGUUGCAUUUACAUCCUAGUAAUGGUACCCUAGGCAUCCCAACCUUUAAGAUUGAUCAUGCUGAAAAUCAAGAGCCACAUCUACAGCAACAGCAACCCAAGGUACCGAUCGAAGAUAUAUCAGAGGCAGCGUCUACUGAUCGUGAAGGCUCCAGUUUCCGCCUCUUCCAUUUCUCGCCGGAACAAUUGGAGCGAAUCAAAAAAUUGGCGUCUGAACAAAAUAUUGCAGCGGCAGCUUGUGCGGCAGAUGACAAAGAAAUUAAUGAUAAGUGGGUCUCGACAGGUGACUCUCUAAUAGCAUAUCUGUGGAAGAUGUCGACGAUCGCACGAAGGAUGGAGCCAGAUUGUAAGCUGAUGUGUGGUGUUGUUAUGGAUAUUCGAAACCGAGUCGUACCUGCCAUCCCAGAAGGAUUUAUUGGCAAUGCUAUUCUAUCGAUUUUUGUACAAAUGCCCGUGCAUUCGCUGCUGACGACACCACUGUCAUUGCCGUCGCGACUGCUGCGCGAUGAACUUUUACUACAAACACCGGAGCAAAUACAGUCGGCCAUUAAUUGGAUUCAAAAGCAGGAUAAUCCACAGCUGAUUGAGACAGAUAGUAACAACCCUUUUGGACAUGAUUUUAUGGUUUGGUCGUUCCGCAAACUCGAUAUGUAUUCACCAGAUUUUGGACAGGGACGUCCUUGCAAGGUCCGGAUUGGACGAGGGGGCUUCGGGGGUGGUGAAGGCAUGUGUGUUAUCAUGGGUAGCGAACCUUCUACAGCCAUGGGAAGGGAUAUGGGAAGUAGCCAGUCACAGGCCAUUAGUGAAACGGGGGUUGAUGUUUAUCUCGGUCUGCAGGAUGAACAUUUACAAGAUUUCGAAAAAAUCCAUAGAGGAUUCAUGGAAGGUCUGUUGGAGCCUGAUGGCGGGAGUAGUGGUAAUGGUUGGGAAGUAGUAUACUGACGACGAG